AUGACACACAUUCCUCUUUUGCAUUCUCAUUCCUCGCCUGAUCUUGACGCCCGUGGUGUGAAAAGCUAUCCGAAGAAGUAUGACAUUGUCAUCGUGGGCGCCGGCCCUGUUGGCAUUCUCCUGUCGCUUUGCAUGUCCCGCUGGGGCUACAAGGUGAAGCACAUCGAUAACCGCCCUGUCCCUACCGCGACUGGUCGCGCCGAUGGCAUCCAGCCCCGCUCAACCGAGAUCCUCCGCAACCUGGGUCUGAAGCGCAAGAUCAUGUCCUAUGACCCAGCCAAGGUCUACGACGUGUCUUUCUGGGAUCCCCGCCCUGACGGAAGCGGUAUCCAGCGUACCGGAAACUGGCCCAGCUGCCCUCGCUUCAUCGACACACGAUACCCCUUCACGACGCUUGUUCACCAGGGUAAGAUCGAGACGGCUUUCCUGGACGAGAUCAAGAAGGCUGGUACAACUGUUGAGAGACCCUGGACGAUCACCGGAUUCAAGAACGAUGGUCUGGACGAGACCUACCCUGUCCAGGUCCAGCUCAAGUGCCUGGAUACCAACGUAAUCGAGACCGUCCGCGCCAAGUACCUGUUCAGUGGUGAGGGUGCGCGUAGUUUCGUCCGCGAACAGCUUGGUAUCCAGAUCCACCACAAGGAUCCCAUCUCCUACGUCUGGGGUGUUAUGGACGGUGUCGUGAGGACAGACUUCCCUGAUAUUCAGACCAAGUGCACUAUCCACUCCGACGCCGGGUCUAUCAUGGUUAUUCCCCGCGAAGACAACAUGGUCCGUCUCUACGUCCAGAUUGCCUCCUCCACAGACCCAGACUUCAACCCGCGAAAGACCGCGACCGCCGAGGAGGUCCAACAAGUUGCGAAGAAGAUUCUGGCGCCAUACUAUUUGGAAUGGGAUCGCGUGGAGUGGUAUUCUGUCUACCCCAUUGGACAGGGUAUCGCCGAGCGCUACACUUUGGACGAGCGCGUCUUCAUGGGAGGCGACGCUUGCCACACCCACAGCCCCAAGGCUGGUCAGGGUAUGAACACUGCGUUCCACGACGCGCUCAACAUGGCCUGGAAGAUUCAUGCGGUUGAAUCCGGAUUGGCCAAGCGCUCCAUCUUGAGCACAUACGAAACCGAGCGCAAGGACAUCGCCGAGACUCUUCUCGACUUUGACAACAAGUACGCUGCUCUCUUCUCCAAGCGCCGCCCUAGCGCCGGUGAAGUCGGCUCCGCCAGCACCGCCGAUACUGCUCGCAGUGUUGAGGAGGACCCCUUCGUGAAGACCUUUAAGGAUUCUUGCGAAUUCACCAGUGGCUACGGUGUUGCCUACAAGCCCAACGUGUUCAACUGGGAUUCCACUCACCCUGCCCAGUCACCUUUGUUCCAGGUUCCUGGCGUGAAGUUGGUUACUGGAAAGGCCUUCACACCAUCCACCGUCACCCGUCUUGCGGACUCCAACUUUGUGCACCUUGAGCAGGAAGUCCCCGCCAACGGCGCGUUCCGCAUCUUCAUUUUCGCCGGUCGCCAGGCAAAGAGCAACCAAGCUCUCGCCGAUUUCGCCGCGAACCUCGAGAAGGAGCGCUCAUUCCUCUCCUCGUACCGCAGAUCCGACAUUGGCCAGGUUUCCCACUUUGAGCGCCAUGCCCCUCACUCCAAGCUGUUCACUCUUUGCCUGAUCUUUGCUGAGAAGAAGAACGAUGUUGAUAUGGCCUCGGUUCCCCAGAUUUUGCGCGACUACCGGUACCACAUCUACUCUGAUGAUAUUCCUGAUGUCAGAGUCCCCACUGCCACGUACGCCGCUCACGAGAAGCUCGGAUUCGACCCUGAGAAGGGUGGUGUUGUCGUUACUCGUCCGGACAGCCACGUUGCUUGCACCGUGCAGCUGACUGAGGGCAGCGGCACCGUCGAUGCUCUCAACGCAUACUUUGGCGCUUUCUCGACGAAGUCGCUGGGCCAGGACCAGCAGAGCCGCCUGUAA